AUGUCGUCCCCGGAAAAGUUUUCGCCAGCGCCGGAAUCGAACUCAAAUCCGUCACUUCCCGAUGCUUUGAUAAUAAGCUGCAUCGCACGAGUCUCAAGAUUGUAUUAUCCGAUUCUCUCCUUUGUCUCCAAGAGCUUUCGAUCUCUCCUAGCUUCACCGGAGCUUUACAAGGAACGGUCACUCUUGAACCGCACCGAGGGUUGUCUAUAUGUAUGCUUAUACUUAAAUCCUUUUGAGAGCCCUAGCUGGUUUACUCUCUGCUUGAAACCUGAUCAAGCCCUAUCUUCUGAAACAAGUAAUAAGAAGAAGUCAAGUGGGUAUGUUUUGGCUACAGUAUCAAUUCCACAUCCUCGUCUUGUGCAACGUUCCAGUCUCGUGGCGGUUGGUUCUAAUAUCUACAACAUUGGCAGAUCCAUAUCACCUUACUCUAGUGUCUCGAUUUUUGAUUGCCGGUCUCACACGUGGCGCGAGGCUCCAAGCUUGCCAGUGGAGCUAGUUGAAGUUUCUGCUGGCGUCCUUGACGGAAAGAUAUAUGUAGCCGGAAGUUGCAAAGAUGGAGAUUCUCUUAACUUGAAGAACACUUUCGAGGUGUUCGACACAAAAACACAAGUUUGGGAUCAUGUACCUAUCCCUUACAACGAAACAAAACACAACAUUUACUCCAAAAGCUUAUGUAUUGACGAAAAGUGGUAUGUAGGGGCUAAGAGAAAGGUGGUUUCUUACAAUCCCAAGAAAGGUAUAUGGGACCUUGUUGAAUCAGAGAUGUGUAGUUAUAAGUCUUCAUAUGAUUAUUGUGAGAUAGAGAACGUUUUGUACUCUGUCGAAAAAACAUGGCGUGGCACUGUUUUCAGAUGGUAUGACACUGAGCUAGGACGGUGGAGAAAGUUGGAGGGUUUGAAUAUGCCUUAUAGUGGGACUGGUGACAGAGGCGGUAAGAAGAUGAUUUGGUGUGCGGUGAUUACGCUUGAAAGGCGCAAAAAUAGUGGAAUUUGGGGAAACGUUGAGUGGUUUGCUCAUGUGCUUACAGUUCCUAAAACAUUUGUUUUCCAAAAGUUUCUUGCUGCUACUGUCUAA